AUGGUUUCGAACGGGUUUGAUGAGCCUAUUGCCUCAGCGGCGGCAGGCGACUGGGCCGUUGAUCCUGACCGGUUUGCGUUCACUCCAAAACGGCUCAGAGUCGUGUGUAUUGGCGCAGGUUUCGCGGGCUUGAUAUUGGCCCAUAAGCUCAAGCAUGAGCGGCCACUUGAUUUUGUGGACUUUACCAUUUAUGAGAAACAUCAUGAAGUUGGAGGCACUUGGCUGGUGAAUACAUACCCUGGGGUUGGAUGCUAUGUAUUUCCAUUCGAACCCAACCCGUCGUGGUCCAAGUUCUACACUAGUGGGCCAGAGAUCCAACAAUACAUACUGGACACCACGGAGAAAUAUGGCCUAAAGGAGAAAAUUAUCUUCAACACGGCUCUCGUCGAGUCUAUCUGGGACGAAGGCCAGGGGAAAUGGGAGCUCACAUUAGAUAACAAGGGGCGCCUCUUCCGGGAUAAGGCUGAUAUCCUGAUCAACGCGAGCGGACAGCUGCAGCAGUGGAAAUGGCCGGAAAUUGAGGGUUUCCAAUCGUUCAAGGGAAAGAUUCUACAUACCGCCCAAUGGGAUCCAACCUACGAUUGGACAGGAAAGAGGAUUGCCGUCAUUGGCAACGGGUCCUCAGGGAUUCAAGUGGUACCGGCUCUGCAACCGAAAGCAGCAAAGCUCGUGAAUUACAUACGACACGCAACUUGGGUCACGACGAAUAUCUGCGGCUUCUUGAUCGAGGACGGAAAAAAUUUCGCGUUUACAGAAGAGGAGAAGCAAAACUUUCGGGACAAUCCGGAUGAGUUCCUUAAAUACCGAAAGAAAGUUGAGUCGGCCGUGUUCAAGGUAAUGGUCUCCGGGUCCGAGGAGAAUAAAUUCUUAACUGGUCUCUGCGAUCAAUUGAUGAGAGAACGAUUGGCAAAGAACCCUGAAUUGAUCGAAAAACUAAUACCCAAGUAUGAGCUCGGGUGCCGUCGUAUCAGCCCUGGCGAAGGAUAUUUGGAAGCCUUGCAGGCGGAAAAUGCCAGAUGCUCUUUUAGUGGCAUCAAGCGUUUUACAGCAGACGGCAUUGAGACAGAAGAAGGCGAGGAAGAGUUUGAUCUGAUCGUGUGCGCGACAGGAUUCAACAACUCUUUUAUACCGUCCUGGAAGCUCGUCGGUCGCAAUGGCCAGACACCAGAAGUUGCCUGGAAGGACAAGCCAGAAGCAUAUCUUUCCAUUUGCGCCGCUGAGAUGCCUAAUUAUUUUAUGUUUGGAGGGCCGAAUUUUCCGUCUGGCCAUAGUUCCAUACCUCCAACUCUGGGAUGGAGCGCCGACUACAUGUUGGAUUGGAUGAAAAAAAUCGCAACGGAGGACAUCAAGUCAACCGCAGUGAAGGGCUCUGUUGUGCAAGACUAUAACCGCUAUGCGCAGCAGAUCCUGAAGCGGGCGGUCUGGUCCAAGAACUGCCAUGCUUGGUACAAGAGUGCCAAAGGCGACAGUAGUAUCGUCACUGCGAUGUAUCCUGGCAGCAUCGUCCACUUUAUGGGUAAGAUGAGAACCCGCAUAUUUGGCAUGAUCGUAUCGCUGAUAACGCCGUGUAUGUAG